GAUGAAGAAAUACUGUACACUGUCUUUGGUUCAAGGUUUGAUUUCGGUGACAGCGCUCCGCUCUAUCGGGUUUUGAGAGCUUGGAAUACGGUUACUGAGGCGGACAGCCCCGCUGUAGAGAGCCAAGAUGAUGAACAUGUGGAAAGUCCGGGAAUUGGUUGAUAAAGCAACCAAUGUGGUGAUGAACUACUCGGAAGUGGAGACUAAGGUGAGGGAGGCCACCAACGAUGACCCCUGGGGACCUUCAGGACAGCAGAUGGCAGAGAUUUCCAGAUGUACGUUUAUGUAUGAGCAGUUUCCUGAGGUGAUAAACAUGCUUUGGAACAGGAUGCUCCGGGACAACAAGAAGAACUGGAGAAGGGUCUACAAGUCUCUGCUGUUGUUGUCCCACCUCAUCAGGAACGGUUCAGAGAGAGUUGUCACCAGCGCCAGAGAACACAUCUACGACCUACGAUCUCUAGAGAGCUACCACUUCGUAGAUGAGAACGGUAAGGACCAGGGAGUGAACGUGCGUCAGAAGGUGAAGGAGAUGGUGGAUCUAAUCCAGGAUGAUGAUAGACUGAGAGAGGAGAGGAAGAAGGCAAAGAAGAACAAAGACAAAUACAUCGGCGUGUCCUCUGAUAGCAUUGGGGGAGGCAGAUACACGGGUGAUCGCUAUGACUCCAGCAGCUCUGGCGGUAAUGAGGGAAGCAGCAGAGGGAAGUGGGAUGAGGACUGGAAGAGGGACCAAGGCCAGUUCCCCUUCAGUGACAAACUGGGGGAGAUCAGUGAUAAGAUCGGCAGCACCAUCGAUGACACAAUCAACAAGUUCAGGAAGCAGAGCAGAGACGAUUCGCCAGACCGAUUCAGUGACAACGAGGAGGAGCGAAGUCGCCCGUCACGGAACGGCCAGUCUGGGAGGUCGGUGUUCAAAGACGAGGAGGAAACCGUGACGACCAAGAGUGUCCAGAUCGUUCAGGCAACAGAAACCACAGCAACCAGGAAGAGAGGCGGGAUUCCAUCCAAAACUGUGUCCCUGGGAGCCGCGGCCCACUACACAGGAGACAAAAGCCCUGAUACCUCUGCCAAACAGACUCCGUCCGCAGCAGCACCUCAGCCCUCCAGUAGUGGUCUGGCUGACCUAUUCAUGGUAGAUACAGGACCCAGCCAGCCUGCAGCAGCCACCGACCUGAUAGGAGGAUUUGCUGACUUUUCUUCUCCUGCUGCCUCUGUCGGCCUCUCCACAGUACCUGCCUCUAGUGGGAACAGUGAUUUUGGGGACUGGAAUGCUUUCCCUGACGGCCAGGCCCCCGUCCCCACCCCUUUCGCCCAGCCUCUGGCCCCUAGCAACACUGACCUGUUUGGGGCCCUGGCUCACAGCUCUGCCCUGGCUCCAGCCUCAGCUGACCUGUUUGAUCUGAUGGGUCCGGUCCAGACUCAGUCUCUCUCUGCCUCUCAGAGCCUCACCUUCAAUAUGACCAGCACACAGAACGUGACCAGUACCAUGCCACAUUCCACAUCACUGCCCUUCCAGGUGAUGAGCGGUCCGUUGCAGCCCCAGCAGCAGCAGCAAGUCAUGCUGGGUACCCAGGGUUCCAUGGGGUCAGCGAUCCCCUCCACCUGGUCUGACUCCUCGGUCAACAUCAGUCUGGACUUCCUGGCACCCGGCGUGCAGCCUCCCAAACCCGCCCAGCCCACCCUCAAAACCCUCCAAGGAGUCCAGCCCCUCCCACCUGUCAACAUGCUCUCGCAGGGAUUUGCCGGCAUGGGCCUCGCCCCCUCCCCCAUCAGAACCCCUACAACUCCCAUGAUGUACCCUGGUGCUGGGAUGGGCAUGGCCCCCAGCCAGGGCAUGAUGGGAAUGGCCCCCAGCCAGGGCAUGAUGGGAAUGGGCAUGAACAUGGGUGCUAUGCCCCAGGCUAACAUGACCAUGGGGAUGAGGAUGCCAGCCAUGUCUAUGGGUUCUGGCCUGGUACAGCAGCAGCCCAAGCAAGGAGUGGACGCCUUCGCGGAUUUCGGCAACUUCAGGAAGUGAGGGAAGAUGUGCCGUGAAGGAAAGGGGUGUUUCUGUUUUUCUCUCCAACAGACUGUCCAUGAAGGAUUGUAAAGAGCUGCAAACAAAGAGUACUUGAAUGUUGUCAAAUAUCAAAUACUGACUGCCACCCCUCCACUUCCUGUUUCUUUCCUUUAAGUGAUAUAUAGAGACAUGAAUAUACACGAUUGUAUGCAUCUUUUAAUCAGUUGGAACGUGCAAUCAAGUACCUUUUAGAGUGUAUUCAGUCCAGUAAUGGUUGUGUGCUGUUCAGGUUUGAAUCGGAGAGAACUGAGAGCAGAAACACGGUGCCAGAAUAACGCAGAUUUUUCACUUUAAAAUGUAUGCCAAACAAAAAGCAAUGAUUGCAAAGUUAAACAACCCAUACAACUCUGCACAAGGACGGCUUGUAUAAAAUGGUUUGUUUAACUUCUCAAUAAUAGUUUUUUGUUUGUAUUGCUUUUUAAAGCACCAUUCUGUUACCAUGGAAUUGUCCAGGUGAAAUUUAAAGAGAAUGUCAGCGGGGGUUUUGCUUUACUUAACCAAUUAAUUGUCCAGAGUAGCAAAAAUAUAGUUUUAUAUGAUAAUCCCACCCCAAUAACUCCCCAUCCACCUCUUUUAGAAUGUCCGGUUCUCUCGACCUGUCCCUUCCCUACAACUGUAAAUAUUACUGGUGCGACAGACAAAUAAAUGAUUGAGUACUUGAUUAUGAUAUGAUGAUGUCGUCGUGAAGAGGUGGGUGUCAAUUGGACGGAACCAGAUGUCAAUCAAGACGUUGCUAUUGCACGCUACAUUGCCACGGAGCCGGUCUUUAAUACCUACUUUAUAUAACAGCGUUCCACACUCCAAAUGUGGAGUUUCUGUUCAAUAUUAGAUUUAACAAAUCAAUCAAUCGUUUAUUGAUGGAUGGAUUUAAUAAGUGAAUGAAUGAGAUGAUUGAAAGUUGUUAAUUGAAGAAGCUGUGGUAAUGAUAACACAGAUCUCCUUUGUGGCCUUUCUUAUGGGUAUAUAUUUUUUAAAGAACUAUAAUCUUUUUUUCCUUGCAUCCAAAUAAGAUGAUCAGUAGAUGUAGGAACAACCUCCUGGUGGCCUGUGUUCUUUAAGUUCUGCACAUGGUGCCUGUGAGACAGAGGGACAACCUCCUGGUGGCCUGUGUUCUUUAAGUUCUGCACAUGGUGCCUGUGAGACAGAGGAACAACCUCCUGGUGGCCUGUGUUCUUUAAGUUCUGCACAUGGUGCCUGUGAGACAGAGGCCUUUUUCCUUCAUUAUACAGGAGACAGACGGAGAGACGAUACAACUAUAGUGUUCAUGACAGUUACUGUUAGGAGUCUACAGCACAGUAUGUAUGUGUGGUUCUUACUGCUCCCUGUCCCCUGGGACCCUUGUGGAAUAGGGGGGGAAGAUGUCCCUAGAUGCUGAUCUUGGGUCAGUUUUGCGUUUUCCUCCACUAGUGGUUUAGGUUAGGAUUGGGGGUGGGGAAGCUGAUCCUAGCUCUGUACUUAGGGGAAAAUUCACCCCGGAGUGGAUCUCUGAAGGAGAGGUUUCUGACAGUGCAGGUCUAGGAGAGGAUUUCUCUUGUUUGUUUUUCUGGGGGGGGUCGUACAUCUUAUAUGGCACCCUAUACACUUUAUAGUGCACUACUUCCGACCAGAGCCCAUAGGACUCGGGUUAAAAGUAGUGCACUAUAUAGGAAAUGGGUACAUGUGGUACUAGGUCAGCGAGUACCUCACAUGUAAACUAGACUCCUGUUUCAGAGCUAUGUCCUCUUCCAGGAGUUCGGGUCAAUUCCAUUUCAAUUCUGGAAGUACACUGAAAUUCCAGUUUUCUUCAAUGCUUUUCAUGAGGAAAAUGUUGAAUGUCGUUUUACUUUCUAAAUUGACUGAAAUGGAAUUGACCCCAACCCUGCACAGAUGAAAACACAGUAGCCUUCUGUCUGAGCUGAGGCUUCACCUGCUGGAAAUGACCAAAAUGUAGCAACUCUUGUUUGUUUUUCUAAGAGACGAUGUCCUUAGGGGGUUGUGUUUUAUUCUUUCGUUGGUUUAUUUUCUACUUAUUACAAUUGUUCUGAGAUCUUCUGUAAUGUGGUAUUGUUACAUAAAAUAAAAACACUAGUUUAUGCAAAUGUAUAAAAAGAAAAAGCUACGCAUCACCAACGAAAAGAGCCUUGAGAAAAUGUUUUCGUUUGAUUGUCCCAUGAUCCUUUUAUCUACGGCAUUAAAACAGUUGAUUACA